AUGUGUGUGUCUGAUGUAUAUAUAUGGCUGGUUGUUGGUUAUAGUUAUGGGUUAAAUGCGUGUGUAAUUACCUACGCGAACAGGUUUGAGGAGGUGGCCAAGCUUCUUGAUGUUUGUUGGCUUGAAGUCCGUGGCCAAAUCGACACGCGCUUGCUGUCUCCAUCGACUCGAGAAGAGGAGCAGUUGGAAAUGACUCUUUUGGAGACUAUUCGUGGCAAUUGGAAGCGUGGUCUUAUUGUUCAAGGCAUUGAGGUCAGGCCCUAG